GAUCACAAGAACCCUCUUACACCACGUGAACGGAAGUGAGUGACAUCAUCAAAACAGAGUACGCCCGGGGUAGCGUCAGUUACCCCGUACGAUUACUACAUUUUGAUAUCCUGUGCAUCGCAACCGCUAUGUUCCCGUGUAGUCGUUUAUAGCUCUGCCUGAGCUGUACCGUACCGGUGCGACUCCUCUGUGAUUUUCCCCGAUAGUCAAUAUCGACAAACAUGGUGGAGCAGUCCGAUCGCGCUCCGCUGCUGGACUGGGAGGAGAUCCCUCCGGCCGAACUUGCCUCGUCUGUUCCGUCAGCAGAGACAUUGCAAUCCGGUUUGUCGAAUUACCCGGCUCAGGGCGGCGUAGGGGCAGAUAAAUCGCAGAGCACCAGCCCGGCGAGAACGCACAUCGCAGCAGCUGUGUUAGGUGAAAGUGCAGAUUCUCCCAGUAAACACGGCGGCCCCGGGGGAGACGAUUCCGCUACUGAUGAGGAAGGAGAUUGUACCUUUCACGGACUGUCCGUCAGAGACCGGAGAAUCGCCGAAUGGGAAGAGAAAGAUCAAAUUGUUGCUGUGUUCGUGGUGACUUUCGACACAAGAUCGGGAAACAUGAUCGAAUGGUGCCUACCUGAAGAUGUCAACCUAGAGGGUGUUGAGUUCAAGUCAAUGGCUAGUGGCUCCCAUCGGAUCUCGAGUGACUUCAUAUAUUUCCGUAAAGGCUGUUAUUUUGGACUAGCAUGCUUUGCCAACAUGCCGGUAGAGAGCGAGCUGGAGCGAGGGGCUCGGAUGAAAUCUGUAGGCAUUUUGUCUACUUCUUACACACUACUGUACCGUUACAUGCACUUCCUGGAGAAUCAGGUCCGUCACCAGCUGCAAUGCCCUGGCCAGUACUCUCCAUUGGAAGCUUUCUACGAGGAUAAGAAGGCGAUAUUGCCACCAGGAGGGAAUGGUAUGGUCACAGCCUGCCCAUCCAGUGCUCUUGUGCCAAUAGUUAACCGCUGCAUGCAUCCAGAAAUGAAGAUCACACACCCGGCUGGCUGCAUGUCCCAGUUCAUCCGCUUCUUUGGAGAGCAGAUCAUGGUGCUAUGGAAGUUUGCUUUGCUAAGGAAACGCAUCCUCAUAUUCUCUCCUCCCCCUGUCGGCGUGGUCUGCUAUCGGGUUUACUGUUGCUGCUGUCUUGCGAACGUGUCUAUUCCUGGGAUGGGGGUUUCAGUUCCGGAGCUCCGCCCCUUCUUCUACAUCAAUGUGGCUGACAUCACAGCUCUUGAGACCGAGCUGUCUUAUGUUGCCUGUACAACAGAGAAGAUCUUUGAGGAAAAGAAGGAGUUAUAUGAUGUCUACAUUGACAACCAGAAUGUAAAGACACACAGAGAAAGCCUCCAGCCUCUGCUCAGACUAAACAGUGCCGAUAGAGAGAAGUAUCGCAAGCUCUGCGAACAGAGGCAGUUGCUGCUGUACUCUCAGGAGGUGGAUGGAGACUGCACAUCUAGUGAGGAGGAUCUCUUUAUUCUGUUCUUCAUGGAGCAGAAUAACAGAAUCUUCCAGACGCUGUCUGAGGUGGCAGCGAGCGCUGAUUCAACCCUCACCGCUGAACAAGUGAGAGCCAUGGGGCUGGAUCCUCAGGGCGACCGUGGAUUUCUCGUCGACCUGCUAGAGGUCUACGGCAUCGAUGUCAUGCUGGUUAUCGACAACCCCUGCUGCCCGAGCCAUUCUUGACCCUUUUGGACGACACUGACACUGCCAACACCAACAAUUUGUCUGCUGGCCUUUUGUGCACUCUGCAGCCAGCCAACUGAGUGAAGUCUUUCUGCUUGUCUGUCCGUCUGUGUUCUUAAUAUCUUUCUAGCCAUCCGGAGCUCUUCUCAACUUUGCCUAAGCUUGUACCCAAAACAGGAAGAAACUGAUCUCUGUGCCUCUUUCUACUGCUUCUAAUGUGUGGUCUUCAGUUGUAAUUUUGUUCUUUUAGCCAGUGCUGUCAUGGGGAACUGUUGUGACGUCCCCCAGUGGAUAAAUCAGCUUCAUGCGGACACCAGAGAAUAGAUGAAAUCCUCAAUCCAUCAAGGGAAGAACUCUCAGACCUGGAUCGAUAUUUUUUUGCUGGUAACGACGGUCGGCCUUGAAUGUCUGUAUUUCUAACGUUUUUUUGGUUGUUGCAUAUUUCUUCACUACAGUGCUGUUGUUCUCGUCACAUUUUCUAAUCAUAUUCGUGUACAUUUAUUGAACAUUUAUUUUGUUUGGAAUACAACAGACAUAUGUCAGUGUUUUCCGUCUGUUCCUUGUACAGUGAGGUUUAUUUCUGAUCUAUUAUGCAUGGACCAAGUCAGUUUUGCUACAUAAAAGCUGUUUUUUUUGACAGAGACUGUUUAUUGAUUUGUAUGAUGAAAUGGAACAAUCAACACUGUAGAAGGUUUUCGGUCCAUCUCAUUUCAGUGUUAGCGUAGGGCGGUUAACUCUUAUUUAUUUCAUACUAUCAGUGACAGUAGACAUUUUAUGGUCUAUCCCGUCAUUCUCUUUUACAAGAAUUGGUGAUUACAUUCACUUAUUAAACUGUGCUGAAAAAAUGGGAUUAAAUCACCUAGUCCUGUUAAGCAAAUCUUAUCGUAGUGAAAACUAAUGUGGUAAAGCAGGAAACCUGUUCUUUGCUGGAUAAGCCUUUAAUCACACUUGGUACUGAAUGUAAAUUAUACAUUUUAAUACAAACAGACACAGAAAUGUUCAGCUUUAAGAGUCAUUUAAUGUUCUCUGGAGUAAUGAAUGUGAUUUCUGUCUUAAAUCUGUUACUUGUGAAAGAAUUUAUGAGGUGAUCAUGUAGGUGUGUUUAUUUCAUUGUAUUGGGGUUGCUCUUUUGCUGGAUAACAGCAGCGGACUGAUAAUGGGUUUGCGUGUACUUUUAUGUUAUGUAUUUCUAGAGCUCUGCUCUGUUCUAGGAAGACCCAAACUGGAUGCUUAACACUGUUCAAAUGAUACAUAAACUGUAUUAAUCAAGAUGAAAUUUAAAAACAUUAUAUAUGAAAAGUAAUUGUUUCUGUUUACAUUAAAUCCAAUGUCCAUUUAGACAGAGUGUGAAACAUAGAUGAAUUUUCAAACCGUUCACUAAAUACUGAGUACGAAGAAAUCAAGUACUCAAUUUCAAGAGUGAGUGCUGGCACUCAGGUCUGGCACAGUUUAAUAAAGAUAAAAAUGUAUUAAAUGCAAUACUACGUUCCGUUAACCGUGAAUACUACUGGAAUGGUUAAUGUCCAGUUGAUUUCAAGGAUUUAAUGAUUAAAUGUGAAUUUUUGUACAUUUCAGAGAAAUUAAGAGAGAAAUUUCCUUUGUAUUAGAAAUCUUUUAAACAAUCCUCUUAUAGGAUGAAGGCUGGUUGUUUAAUGUCCUCCUGUUCUGAAAGAUGGAGAAUGUAUGUUUAGCAGCCAUGUAAUAUAGUUGUACAGGUUAAAUUGUCUCGUAUUGUGAAUGUAUACAUUUAUUUGUUUUUGUGGAAUAUCUUAAUGUUAUAUCCAGUCUUUGUCACAAUAACAGGCUAAAUGAAUGUUGAUUUUCACACUACUAGUGUCACAGAUCACUAGUGUAAUGCCUCUAUCUCACACACUACCUACAGAGAGUAAUACAAACUAACAGCAUGUAUCUGUUGUUUUAAAGCAAGUGAUUCUUAUUCACUGCGGUUUUGAAAUAAAUGGUUUCUUUUUCUACCACAA